AUCAACUCAACAUCAUCCAUGUCAUGUCGAGUAUCGAAGAUCCAAAAUCACUUUCUCUUCGGACGGGACAGGCUUCAGGUAAUGUUUUGGGUAUCAACGCCCCACCGUCACCAGCACAUAAGUCGGCUCCAGCAGACUCAUCCGUGCACUAUACCUGCUUCAUCCGGCUGCCGUUUCCUAGAGGCGACUUUGUAGAUCCACCACAGGUUGAUUGGAAUUCUACAAAAGAUCGUGCGCUAUGGAAGAUCAUCUCUAAAGCCUCCAAUAGCAAAGAGCUGGACUGGGAAGAUUUGUCCACACGAUACGAGGUCUCUCUUGCUUUCUUACUUCAGCAAGCAGCAUGGCUAUAUGAACGUCACUUCGCACAGAUGAAAGCACAGAUGAAGAAGCUUAGUCCGUCUGCUUGCCCAUCACCACUCCCACCGGACUCUACAGGAAACUUCGCUGCAAACAGCGGUGCGGCCGCGUUUCAAGUUGGUAGUCAGGGACCUAGAGCACCCUCUGCUCUAUCAACACGCAUGCGGGAUAGUCCAACCCCAACGAUGGGUUCUGGAGGCUCUGGAGUGUUUCGCCAGCCAGCUGUGCUACCCAAUCUGUCAACGGCUAACCAAUCAUCGAAGAGCGAAGGUCUCUCGCGCACCCCCUCUACAAGGACGUUGACCCAGAGUCGUACUGGACCACCUGCGAGCCCGUCACAGCCAAAUAGCAGGGCCUUCAACACAGCAUUCGGCAACCACAGGAAGCCGGUUUCACCUCAACGUGAGAUAUCAGAACCAGACUCUGAUCCACUUCAGGAGUCGGAUUCGGACUCUUCUUCUGAUGGGGAAAGUCAGAGCAUGGCACGCAGUCAAGCCUUUCGGCGUCCAGCGAAUUACGACAAGAGAAGCAAGUAUGGCUAUGAAGAUGAUGACGAAGAUGACGACGGCGAAUCAUCUGGUGGCUUCUUGCCAUUCGCUACUACUGCUACCGGGAGUGCUGAUCCGGCCGCGACACUCAAGUCACCAGUCAAACGUGCGUUUGAGCAGAGGACAGUUGCUCCCGACUCUUCAGCAUCUUCAGCAAGCUCUGCGGCGCCCACUUGUACUAACACAAGCACGGGCAAGCAAAGGGAAGUGGCCAAAGGAGGCCAUGCUCAUGCAUCGCCAGCCAGUGCGUUAAGUCCCAGGCAGCGCGAAGAACUUUCCAAACUCAGUCCAAGGGUCCGUAAGGAGGGCAGCGAGGGUACACCUAGUAUGGGAAGCUCGUUCAGCGAUCUAGACGAUGCUAGUAUAUCUCAGUCGGCGAUAGAAGAAGCCUUCAUGAGCCACAUACAACAUGGGUCCACUACAAGCAGGAUGAGUUCCAUUAGCCAGGCACUAAGAAGCAAGUAUCUGUAGAGGUAGAAGCCGCUGUCUUUUAUGUUCAAACUCGAAGGGUAUAUUGCAAUUAUCAUAGGUGCCCAUUCGCCAGAGGCAGGCGCAUGUCCCAAACCAUGCGCACGUGUGUAAUCAUGCAUACAUGUCGUCGUAUUCCCCGUCUUCCUCGUCAGGGGGCGGUGUAGGGGCUCUCUUCUUGACCAACUCUUUUCUGUCGAGGGGGCAAGUGGGAUUGAGCUUGAGCCAAGGGGAGAUGCACUCUAGGUCGAAGAUGUGGUCUUUGUGGCAAGGGAGUUGGACGACGAGUGGGUGUGAGUCUAGUGCUCUGUGUUAGCGGAUGCGAUAGCGAGGCUCGUCAUGGGCGGCGAGCUCACCUUCAAGGAAAGGGUUGCCGCAGAUGGGAC